AUGUCUUCCCCCUCAACUCGCCGCCUUCUAAAAGAAAGCAGUGACCUCCACAAAAACCCAAGCCCAUACUUCACAGCUGCCCCGAUAAGCGACACAAACCUCCAUGACUGGCACUUCACUCUAGCCGGUCCACCCUCCCCUUCUCCGUACGCCCAAGGCCUCUACCACGGCCGCAUCACUUUCCCAGCCACAUACCCGCUCCGCCCGCCGUCCUUCCGCUUCCUCACGCCCUCCGGCCGCUUCGAAGUCAACCGCCAAAUCUGUCUCAGCAUCUCCGGUCACCACGAGGAGACAUGGCAGCCGGCUUGGGGCGUGCGCACUGCGCUGCUGGGCAUCAGGUCUGAGAUCUUUAGCUCCGAGAGUCAGGGUCAGGUUGGUGGAAUGGAGGGGACCGACGAUAUGCGUCGGGAGUAUGCGCGCCUUUCGCUUGAUUGGUCUUGUCGUGAGUGCGGCGUUAGGAAUAUAGAGGCUAUGAGGGACUUGUGGGAGGUUUGUCGGGAGCGUGGGGUUGAGGUCGAGGGUGAGGUUGCUGCUAUAGAUGGGGGUGCUCGUGCUAGUGCUGGUGUCGAGGGCCAGCCGGAGAUGGUCGAGGCCGAGGCUGAUGCCUCGGCUCCAGUUUCAGGUGGAAAUGAUGUUCCUGUUGAAAAUGAGGACCAGGCAAGAGUGGAUGAUUCUGUAGAGAGCACUCCGGCUGCGGAAUCUGCUCAGGCUCCUUCUGCGCCUGCACCGGUGCCGGCAGAACAAGCACAGGCACACGCACAGGCACCGAUAUCUACUGUACAAGCCCCAGCUACGGUUGUUAUUCCUACGCGGACAAGCUCCUCUCAAAUGACCUCGACGGAGUCUCCAUCUGAAGGUGUCUGGCUGGAUCGGGCUAUCAUUGGUGUGGUCGUUGCUCUUGUCUUGUUGAUAUUGCGCCGAGUAGCCAACGUGGACGAUCUGUAA